UCAUAAGGCUACAAUGGACAAACCUCCAUAUCUUCACCGUUCCCGUUUCCCCACCAGAACUAAACUCCUCGCUCUCUGGACUUUCAUUUUUCUCGCUCUCUUCCUCUUCCUCUUCCCUCGAUCCUCCUCCGAUCCCACCCGCCGCCUUCUCCAAGCGGGUCCCGUCUGGGAGAAUCGGAUCCGUCUAUCGGCCCGCUCCCAUUCCCAUUCUCGCCGAGUUUUGGUCACCGGUGCUGCCGGCUUCGUUGGCCUUCAUGUCUCACUGGCACUCAAGCGCCGCGGCGAUGGAGUCCUCGGCAUUGAUAAUUUCAAUUCCUAUUAUGAAUCUUCUCUCAAACGCUCACGCGCCGCCUUACUCGACCGUGCCGAAGUGUUUGUCGUCGAGGGUGACGUCAAUGAUGGUACUCUGCUGAAGAAGCUUUUCGAAUUGGUUAAAUUCACUCACGUAAUGCACCUCGCGGCUCAAGCGGGCGUUCGUUAUGCGAUGCAAAACCCCAGUUCGUAUGUGCAGAGUAAUAUUGCGGGAUUGGUGAGUGUUCUCGAGGUUUGUAAAUCGGCUAAUCCGCAGCCGGCCAUUGUUUGGGCGUCUUCUAGUUCGGUAUAUGGUCUCAAUUCUCAAGUGCCCUUUUCGGAGGAGGAUCGUACGGAUCAACCCGCGAGUUUAUAUGCUGCAACUAAGAAGGCUGGUGAGGAAAUUGCACAUACUUAUAAUCACAUUUAUGGGCUUUCGAUUACUGGAUUGAGAUUCUUUACAGUUUAUGGACCUUGGGGACGACCGGAUAUGGCGUAUUUCUUUUUCACUCAGGAUAUUCUUAAGGGGAAAACGAUUAAGGUUUUUGAAGGGGCGGAUCAGAAAUCUGUGGCUAGGGAUUUUACUUACAUUGAAGAUAUUGUGAAGGGUUGUUUGGGUGCGUUAGAUACGGCGGAGAAGAGCACUGGGAGCGGCGGAAAGAAGAGGAGGAAGGCUCAAUUGCGGGUGUUCAAUCUUGGGAAUACUUCUCCGGUGGCUGUGAAUGAACUUGUGAACAUUUUGGAGAAGUUGCUGGACAAGAAGGCUAGGAGAAUGGUGUUUCCAAUGCCGAGAAAUGGUGACGUUCCUUUCACUCAUGCUAAUAUCACUCUGGCACAGAAGGAGCUCGGUUACAAGCCCACCACCAAUUUGGAGACAGGUUUGAAGGAGUUUGUGAAUUGGUAUCGUCUUUAUUAUUCCAAAUCUGGUAUGAACAUUGUUUUGUAGGCUGAGUUAUUUUGAGAUUUGUUCUUCAGUUCUAACUAAAUUGUUGCUUUCUCACAUUUGUUCUUCAGUUGUAGAACAAUUGUGUAUUCAUUUGGUUUCUGGUUUGAGUUUUUGGGGAACAACAAUUUUCACUAGAAAAAACUUAGAAUUUUAACA